AUUUUUAGUUAUUGUUUUUCGGGGCUGGGGUACUUCAAUUUGUCAUUUAUCGUCCCAGGGAAGAAAACAACAAAAAGAGUUGGACAAAAUUAUCAUUGUUUUCUUCUCAUUGUCGCAUUUUUCCACAUCCGCGAUAUUAUGUUCAGUUCGCGGAAGUACUGUUGAAGCAUAGAAAUUACAUUUGGGUCGCGUGUCGGAGUGAUAAGAGUGAAAUAUCGCCAAUCAAUUCCAAAUGACAAAUCAUCGAAGCUACUACGGUAUCGAAACCCACGAAAUGCAUCCGCGAAUCUCACAAAAUUUCACUUAUGUUAGCUCUUGUGUGAAGUAUAUGAUCUUUAUCUUGAAUUUCGUGUUCUGGCUGUUUGGAGGCUUGCUAAUUGGCAUAGGAUUCUAUGCAUUUGUGGACAAGUGGCAGGCGGCAGGAUGGGUUCGCGUGGAGACAUUUUAUGAUGUUGUGCUCAACAUUUCGCUGGUUAUGGCGAUUUCGGGUGCUGUGGUGUUCAUUGUGAGCUUUGCAGGAUGUUUGGGUGCGUUACGAGAAAACACUUGCCUGCUAAAGUUCUAUUCGAUGUGUUUGCUGCUGUUUUUCUUGCUCGAAAUGGCGAUCGCUGUAAUGGGAUUCGUGUUUCCGCACAACAUGCACUCUUUCUUGGAGGAGUCGUUUACUGAAAAGAUCAUUCACUCAUAUCGAGACGACGUUGACUUACAAAAUCUCAUUGAUUUUGCGCAACAAGAAUUCAAAUGCUGCGGACUGAGUAAUGCCGGUUACCUGGACUGGGGUAAAAACGAGUACUUCAACUGUACAUCACCCAGUGUGGAAAAAUGCGGUGUGCCAUACAGUUGUUGCAUCAACGCCACAGACAUCAGUUCGGGUUUGGUGAAUAUUAUGUGUGGAUACAACGUCCAACAACUCUCAGUAGCGGCAGCGAGUAAAAGGAUAUGGACAAGCGGUUGCAUCGAAAUAGUGCGCAUAUGGGCUGAAAGGAAUCUCUACACAAUUGCCGGUAUUGCCCUGGCAGUUGCUCUUACUCAACUUUUUGUGAUCUACUUGGCAAAGACCCUGGAAGGGCAAAUCGACUUACAGAAAUCUCGCUGGUCAUAGUGUAAAAAUAGUCAGUUUUGCGGCCAAUUCAACAUGUGAGGUAGUAUUUUAUAUUGAGUGCUCAUAAUGAUUAAUUAGUACGGAAACUAGAUUUCUCUGUCGUUUUUAUAUUAGUGGUAUAUAUUCGGUAGGUUACUUCUUUUUACAACAAAUCUAUGUACUUGUAAGACUAUUAUUGGAUUAUUACUUGACGUGACAUUAAAUUCAAUAUAAAUCAAUUAUUAAAUAAAAAUGUAAAUGAUAGUGGUAAUAUAUGUACAUGUAUGUAUUCAGGCGAUCGAAAUUCUAGCAGUUUUGAAAGUGUCGAAAUUCGUCUCCAAAUUUGGUUCACCACUCCGUCGUGAGUAUCGUAUGGACAACUAUGAUAGACUAAACAGAGAAGUAAAAGCGUUGAUGUAUUUAUAUUAGAUCGCACUAACAGCCUGCAUGCGAUUUACUCGAAAAAUAUGUGUAUGUCGGUAACUAACGAAAUUUUCUUGCAUUUAAGUUUUGUAAUUCCGCCGUUUUAACCCGAAUUAUGCCUCCACCUUUGCAUUUAUAUUGAUACGAUACAGAGAAGCGGUCAAGCUCAAAUGUUUGCCACUCGAAACCGUGAAUUAUGAAGAAAUUAGAAAGAUAACAACCAAAUAUUCUCAUUAAAAGUUUAUAUUAUUUUUGAAGCAAUAUACAGUUUUUAAGGCUUUAUAAAAGAUGACACGAAUGCCCCCAUUGUUUAUUAUAACACUGUUUUAUAUGAUUGGGCAAUAAAAGGUAUUUAUUUGAUUUUCGUAUCGUA